AGCGUCCGCGCAUUGUUUACAUUUUCCCCUUUGUUCGCUGGAAAUUCCGCCAAAAUGUCCAAAAAACGGUCCAAAAGCACCGAGAGCCGGAACCUGCGGGCGCUGAUCGACGAGCAGCUGACGGCGGCCGCUGAGGAGAUCUUCUGGCUGCUGAAGGAGCGCAGACAGGCGGGUAUGGAGGAGCUGAAGCAGCUGGUGGCGGAGCGGAUCACCGCGGCCGUGGAACACAUCUUCACCGAGUUUGAAGCGACCAGAGCGGCGGAGAGAGGACCAGAGGAGCCCGAGCUGUGUCUGUCCGUUGGCGUCAGGAGUCUCUCUGCUGACAAACAUCUGAGGCAGAACGUCUCUGUGGACGACCAACUGAAGGAACAUCUGCCCGGCACUUCCUCCAGACCAGAGGACGCUACCGACCACCACGCCGCCUCUUCAGAUGAUCCAGCUGGUGAGGAGGAAGAGGACGAAAACGACGAAGAGGCGACAGCUCACUGCUGCAGAGUGUGCGGGAAAUCCUUCGACAGGAAAGGCUUUCUGAUGAAACACGUGGAGAAACACUUGAAGGAGGGGGAGUGUCUCUGCGGUCUGUGUGGCGAGCGUUUGGAGUCCAGUGACAGUUUGAGGCUGCACCUUCAAACACACCGCGACACCAGCAGGACCUGUGACAUCUGCGGCAAGAAGUUCCCCUCGAUCCGAGCUCAGGAGACGCACCUGAGGCUGCACACUGGAGAGAAACCCUUCAGCUGCCACGUCUGUGGCAAAGUCUUCAACCAAAAGGGAAAUAUGGUGACACACAUGAGGAUCCACACGGCAGAGAAACCGUUCAGGUGCACCAUCUGCCACAAAGAGUUCAGCCACACCGGCUCUCUGGAGCGACACAUGAAGGCCCACGACGGGCAGACGCCGUUCAGCUGCAAAGUCUGCGGGAAAGGCUUCAGCAAGAGCGCUGAGCUGAGGCGGCACAUCCGGAGCCAUGAGUCCGACAACACGGCAGUGGUCAGCAGGCGCAGGAAACCGAGUCUGACUCCUUCACAUUGCUGCAAGGUCUGUGGGAAUGCCUUUCACAAUAAAGGUAACUUUGUGCGGCACGCAGAGACUCAUUUCAACGAUCCUGAAUGUCGCUGUGGCGUCUGCGGAGAGCGGUCCGAGUCCUCCGAGAGUCUGCAGCUUCACAUCCAGGGCCACAGAGAGACCAGCAGGAUCUGUGACAUCUGUGGCAUCAGCUUCAGGGACAUGGAGAUCCACAUGAGGACGCACACCGGCCAGAAACCCUUCAGCUGCAAAGACUGCGGCAAGGACUUCCCUAGGAAAGGCUCUCUGGAGAGACACAUGAAGUUGCAUGCCGGCGAGAGGCCGUACAUCUGCGAGUUCUGCGGGAAGACUUUCAUAGAAAACACCGUCCUAAAGAGACACAUCAAGAGCCACACGGGAGGGAAGCCGAGGAUUUAUUCCUGCGAUGACUGUGGCAAGAAGUUCACCAUGAGUCAGCAUCUGGAUGUGCACAAGAGGAUCCACACUGGGGAGAAACCGUACACCUGCAGGGUCUGCGGGAAAAACUUCCGGCAGAUCGGUAACCUGGACUCCCACAUGAGGAUCCACACGGGCGAGAAGCCGUUCAUCUGCAGCCUCUGUGGAAAGAGGUUCCGCCAGAAGAUCUCGCUGGAGACGCACGAGAGGUUCCACAAGAAGGAGAAAUCGUUCAGCUGCCAGCUCUGCAGCAAGGGCUUCGUCCAGAAGAUCGACCUGAAGAGACACAUGUUCACGCACACCGGGGAGAAACCGUACAGCUGCCGGGUCUGCGGGAAGAGGUACCAGGAGAAACGCUCGGUGGACUCGCACAUGAAGGUCCACACCGGAGAGCGAGCCACGAAAGAUUCAGCUGUGACGCCAAACCUGAAAUGCCAGGAAGGAGUUCACACUGAUUUCAUCCAGCUGUGACUGUGCAGAGAAACUGAAAUCAUUCAGUCUGUAACAUCUGUGAGACGUCAGCAGUCACACAGUCAGGCUCAGGUCCGUCCCUCCGGCUCAGAGAGUUUUACUACACAAAUAAAAGUCUUUUUUCAUGUUAAAUAGUCCCAGGACAUAGUUAAUUUCUGCUGAAGGAACUUUUCCAGGUGUCCCAGAUUUUUAGGAACUUCGGUUCUUAUAGAUUUAGAUCCAGGUCCCCAGCAAGUCCCUGCUCUGGAAGUAGGUGUCCGGGUGAAGUCUGCAAAGGGGACGUUUAGUUCCUGUAGCUCCUUCAUCUGCAUUUCACUGCAAGACCUUAAUAAAACAGCAUUUCCAAGUUCUAGGUACUCUUGUGUUUAAGAAGUUAGAGAUAUUCAGCUCAGCAAACUCCACCCUGAAAGUUCCUGAACCCCCCCACAGUCCUGACCCUGGAGCUUGUUCCAUGUGGAAUAUGUAACAUUGAUCUCUUGGUUCAAACGACAGCUUUUUGUCUGAAUAAAAUGAAUGUGUUUUUACAGUUCUGGAUCCAGGGAGUCGACCACACCGUGAUGCAGUAUGGUGAGGUCAUACGGAGAGGCGUGUCUUAGCUGUCCUGUCAUUCUCACACAGUGAAAUCCAGUCACAACCAGUUUCCAACAAGCAGACACCCGAAAUGCUUCUGAUCGUUCUGACUGUCUGAAUCUCCUUCAUGUCAGAAAUCGCAGUGAUUUAAUAGAGAUGAAGCAGUUUUCUACUACAUCAGUGUUCCUCACAGCUGAAUUCAGACUCUUCACUGGUCCAAAGAUUUGUGCCUGAACCCAAAAAGACCCAGAAACGGCUCAUAUUUGUGCUUUUUGAUUGUUUUGAUGAAUUGUCUUUCUGUUUGCUGUGAACCUGUGGACGCACUGAGAAGUGUCACCGUUGUCCUGAAUUAAAGCCUCAGCAGCAGAAUAAAGUUUUAAAAUCCAUCAGUGAUGCAGCCUGAGAGAGAACAAACAGUCGUCUUCCUUUAUAUCGUUCGAACGGUUUUUCAGCAGUCACAUGACUAAUGUGAUAAAUGUCACGUGAUAACGUGAUUAACAUAAAGGUCCCGUCAACACACGGGUGAAGACAGAAAUGUAACGUAUUCAGUGAGAACAGGAAGAAAACCAGAACAGAUGCUGGUUCUGGUUUUGGUUCUUCUGGUCAAAUUAAGGGACCUUCCUGUGCUGGACUAAGAAAGCAGUCUGAAUGUACAAACGGUCCGUUCAUUAUUAUUUGAUCCCUUUAUGUUUCUGACUGAAGUUUGGUUUCAUUGUUUGUUUAAAAUCUCAGUGUUUCAUUUAGUAAAGCAGAAAUUAUUGAAUCAAUCGAACAAUUAUUAGGUACAAAGAUCUGAAUCAUAAAUGAAUCAAUGUUUCUGUUAUUAAACCUGAAAAUGAGUCAGAACUCAGAUAAAGAACAGAAAUGUUUGUUUGUUUUCUGUUGAUGUGAACAAAUAUUAAUAAAAAUAUUUCAG